AUUCUUUUUCAAUUAUACCAUUGGACAACCUUUUUUAGUCCAACAAAUAACCUUUUAUUAAAGUUUGUGCUGUAUAGAACCAUUAAUUAUAUGGUUAUAUGAAAAAACAAUUAAGGUUAUUUGGGAUGAGGCCAUAGGAGAACCUUUUUGAGUUCCACAAAAUGGGUGUUCUUUGAACAACCAACCACAUCAUACAGUGACGGUAUGGGGAAGCAAAUAACAAUAUGAGCAAUAAUGCUGAAACCUAAGAAUGUUGCAAUAUUCAAACUCGUUUUCUUCCCCUCCCUCAUCGCUUCCGGUUUGUAUGAUGUAGAUAACCAAAAAAUCUGAGGGAGGAUGUGAAAAUAGGGAUGCUAGUGGGUGUGUUAAGAAAGUUAUGUCCGAGGUCAAGAGGUCAAGUUGUGUGUGUUUCUGGAGGUGGGCUCAGAGCAGUUCAGUUCUGUAUAAAUUCUUGAUGAGAAGUAGGUUAAAGCCCAGCGCUGUAAACUUGGACCAGUUUAAGAGCAACUCUUGGGAAGAAUUAAGCAAAGAUAAUGGCCCACACAAACCGUUUAAUUGCUGGUGUUGAUCUGAGAAGCCAGGAAAACAACCGGGCACACCGAACUGAGGAGAUUGAUAGGAAGCGUUUGAUUGUUCGGCGGGGACAAGCCUUCUCCCUGACGGUGCACCUCUCCGACCCGCUGCAGUCCGGCCAUGAGCUGGCCCUGGUCUUAAAGCAGGAUGCCGUGUACUUCCCUGAUGAGAGUCUGUUCAAGGAAUACAUUAUGAACGAGAAUGGUCGCAUUUUCACUGGGAGUGCGGAUUGGAUGAGUGGGUUGCAAUGGAAUUUCGGACAGUUUGAAGACAAUGUGAUGGACAUCUGCUUUGAGAUCCUUGACCGCUUUAAGCCAGCGAGGUCAGACCCCCCAAACGACAUGCUUCAGCGAUGGGACCCUGUCUACAUCAGCAGGACAGUCGUUGCCAUGGAAACCAUUUUGCCGGCAUCUGAUAUGCAGUGCACAGAGGGGAAAUAUGUAAUCUCCAAACAUUCAGUGGCGUUUCGGUGUCAUUUCAGUGGUGUUCGGAAGCGUUGAGAAGGGUCCAGCUGCAGGCUUGGGCGUUCCCGUCAUGACACAAAAACGCCCAUCGGGCGUUCCCGUCAUGACACAAAAACGCCCAUCAGGCGUUCCUGUAGCGUUUCAUCGAUCAAUCAAGAAGAGGUGAGUGAGUUUCGCAAGGCAUGCUGGGUAUGCUACCCUUCCUUUUUUGGCGGUUUUACCUCGUAGUAACUUUCCAGAAAAACGAAAGGGUUAUGUUGAGAGAUUAUGUCAUACCCUGGCACAUGCUUUCUCCAAUGGACCAUGGAAGGGACUUUACUUGGCUGACGAGUACGCAAUGUAUUCUACCCUCAAAAGCAAUAUGAUUUCAGUGAGGGGGACAUGCUCUCUAUCAGGAGGUGGUGGUUGGACUGCUGUUGGAGACCUUUAUGCUUGAAAGCCCUGCAGAACUAGCUGGCUCCUUCUCACCCUCUCCAUCUCCCCAUCUCAGUCACACCUUCCAAUCACUAAGCAGUGAAAGCCCUGCAGGACUAGCUGGCACACCAAGCUCCCCCUCUCCAUCUCCCCAUCUCAGCCACACGCUCCAAUCUGGCACAACAGAGGACAGGCCAUUCUUACCACCCAAAGUCCUUCAGCAAAUUGUACAAGAGACGCUGAGACUGGACAUGGCGAUGCUUGGCGUGUUCAACAGGGUUUCAAACACAUUCCGAGAACUAAUUAAGCCUCUCCAUCCUUCAAUAUAUAAAUGACAGUUUGGCAGGGGACAUUAAAGAGCCCAUGCCAUUAAAAUCCCAUUUUUCCUAUUGUUUGUUCAGUAACAUAGGUCUGAAUAUUUUUGUGAGCUGUGGUAAGUUUGAAAUCUAUGCAGUUUGUCUGCUGAAUGCAAUAGGCAAUGAAAGGAAAAAGGCAGAAGAAAUGAGCCGAUCUGGAUAAGGUGACACUGUGACGUAGCGUUGUCAAAUGUUAUUCAUGGCCCUGCCCACUUGGUUGGUUCGUAACCGCCCACAGAGAGUCGCGAUUGAGCUAGUGCUAUGUAGUUCGCUGCGUAGUAACAGGCUAGUAACAGAAUUUUGAUUGAAAUGGCAGAACGACAUCGAACCUGUGUGUUAUGCCAAGGCAAAACUUCCACAUUGCAUCUCCUGCCAAAGACAGAGGAAUUAAGGGAGACAUGGUUGCAAUUUAUUUUUUGAGAAAUUCCGGAAAACUAUGGAACCAGAUUGGUGCUGUGUUCGGCGCAUUUCAGAGACGAUGACUUUGUCAACUUCGGGGAGUACAUCAGUGGGUUUGCAUCAAAGUUGGUUUUGAAACCUGGAGUUGUGCCAUCACGGAGAUUGCCCACUUCUCCAACAGCCAGCACCCCAGGGACAUCCAGAACAUCCAACAACCAUACAUCUUGCCAAACAGACCCACCUAGUCUGUCAUUCAGGGGCACACAGCUUUCUGUUGGUACUUUCAGCAAUCAUGUGAGAAGCAGAGGCACACAAACUAUAUCCUGCUCUGUAAGUGUGAGUACAACUACAGAUGAUGCACCUUGGGGACCCUCGACCUCUACGCCAAUCAAGCCAACGCCAGCUAAAAGACCUCGGCUAGCUGAAGGGGAGGAAGAUAACUGGGAAGACUCCACAGUGAUCGCUGAACCACAUGACUCCACAUAUGAUCCUGCUCAAUCCAUGACAGAUGUGUCAGAAUCCUCACAGAUAUUCACCGCCACUACACCUGGCUACACCGAUUCCAAGUACAUCGUUAGCGCGAGAUGCCUACUUGAGCUUUUUGAAAAGUGUCCCAUUUGCAAACGGCCAUCUGAAGUAACACCAUGCAGACGUGGUACAUUCUUGGCCGUUUACCAGAAAUGUCCUCACUGCGGGUUUUACAGAGAGUGGAAAAGUCAGCCUGUCAUUGGGAGCUGCCCCAUCAUCAACCUCCAACUGUCUGCUGCCAUAUAUUUCACGGGCACUUCAUUUUUCCAGUUGCAAAAGGUAUUCAAAGCCAUGCACCUGAAAUCAAUUGGAUAUACCACAUUCAGAAGGCAUGCACGGACUUAUUUGGAGCCAGCAGUGAUCCACAAAUGGCAUCAGUUUCAGGAAGAAGAAUUGCAGUUUCUGAGCCAGAGAAAGGUUAAAAUUGGCGGAGAUAUGAGGGCAGACUCACCAGGUCAUUGCGCAAAGUAUGGCAGCUAUUCCUUGAUUAACCUGGAGAACAACAACAUUAUUGACACACAACUUGUCCAGAGCAAUGAGGUUGGAGGUAGUCACAAUAUGGAGAAGGAGGGUCUGAAAAGAAGCCUUGAACUUCUGGAGUCGAAGGGUGUGGCAGUGGACUACAUUGUCACUGACCGCCAUCCCCAGAUACAAAAGUUUCUUCGGGAUCGCAAUGUGAAGCACUUCUAUGACGUCCGGCACCUUGCAAAGGGUCUGUCUAAGAAAUUGGACAAGGUGUCGAAAGAGAAGGACUGUGACAUUGUGAAGAGGUGGCGGCGUGGCAUCAGCAACCACGUCUACUGGGCAGCAACAUCAUCAUCCACCGGGGCUGAAAAGGUGGCUAAAUGGACCUCAUUGAUAAACCACAUUCAGAACAUACACAGCCACGACAACCCAGCUUUCCCCAAAUGCCUCCACCCUGUUCGCCGAACAAGAGAUCCUAAAAAGUGGUUUCAGCCAGGCACCAAAGCCCUCUAUAAAGUGGAAAAAAUCCUUACCAGCAAGAGGGUCCUGACUGACGUGGAAAAGCUGAGCUCAAAGUACCAGACCUCAACACUGGAAGCCUUCCACAGUGUUAUUUUGCGUUUCACACCAAAAAAUGUGGUUUUCCCUUUCAUUGGGAUGUUGUGCAGACUGUACCUGGCAGCCAUGCAUUUUAAUGAGAAUGCUGGCCGUUGCCAAGCCAAGACAAACUCAGGAAGACUGAGGUACAAACUCAGUUUCCCAAAAGCAAAAAAAGGAGCGGCUACGGUGAAAGCAGUAAAAACACAACGAACAUACUGCUAUACCCUCAGCCUGAUGCAUCUCCUCUUUGAAGAGGUAGUCCCUAACCCCCUGCCCUACUUGGAGGAAUGUCAGCAGAUUCCUGUGCCCAGUUCCCUAUCGUCCCAACACGAACGUCCACCCUUAAAAGACGCUAUUGCGGCCCAUGUAUCUCGGUUUAGAGUGGAGGAGGUUUAAAUCCAACAUAUUGGCCUUCCGCAUCAGGGAACUCCCCGCGUACGUGUUGGACCACACAAGAGGGGAUGACAACACGUAUCUUCCUGCCAAGAUAUCCCCAGCACCAGCUGACAAACGACCUGUAGGCCAAGUACCUGCAACGGCUGUCAAAAAGCAGAGGACAUUGUUGUUUAUGUAUAUAUGGCCAAGGCUGAACUGUACAUAGUGUGUGAGUUUUGUUUUGUCACGUGUAAAUAGAAUAAAAAAUGAUCAUUAUU